AUGCCGGUGCGGAAAGCCGAAAGUUUCGAGGCCAAGGGCAUGAAUGCUCGUUUCAAUAAUUGCAAAUUUCUUGAAGAAUUAUCGGUGAAGCGAUUGUCUGGUGUCAAUGACGGUGUUAGGGCCGAGCCAAAAGCCUCCACUUCCCUGGUUCUAAGAGGCGUAUGGGGAAAUAUCUUUGGGGGUUUGAAGGUGAAGAAUGUGGUGAGUGGGGAGGUUACCAAUUUGAACGUUUCUGGGUUGUUUUUUGCGAUUGGCCAUGAGCCGGCAACCAAGUUUUUGGACGGGCAGUUGGAGGUGGAUUCUGAUGGGUAUGUGAUCUCGAAGCCUGGCAUCGGCUUGGUUGGAUGA